UGGAUCAGCCAAACUGUUCUCUUCACUUCAAUAGAUCACAGUCUCGCUCGCUGUUUGGCGGCUAUUAACACAUUAUUUGUCAAAAAAAUGGAGGUAAAUGCGUGCAACAUUCAAGUGCUCCUGCAGGCAGCGGAGUAUUUGGAGCGCAGGGAAAGAGAGGCUGAACACGGUUAUGCUUCAGUGUUACCGUUCUACGGUAAAGAGGUUACAGAUAAGAGAAAGAAACAGAAAUCAAAGACUCAUUUACCCGGGAACAGCAGGUCUGUUCACAAUGAAUUGGAGAAACACAGGAGAGCUCAGUUGAGACAUUUUCUGGAGCAGUUAAAGCAGCAGGUUCCUCUAUCCUCUGAUUCAGUGAGAAACACGACCCUCAACCUGCUUAGACAAGCACAGAUGCACAUCAAGAAACUGCAGGAACAGGAUGAGCGUGCAGAGCUGCUGAAGGAUCGUCUGCGAUGGAAGCAGAGAGAACUGCGCAUACGGCUGGAGAAACUGCAGGGCAACACAGAGCGUAUGCGUAAUGACAGCCUUGGAUCAGCUGUGUCCUCCGAGAGAUCUGACUCUGAAAGAGAGGACGUCGAGAUAGAUGUGGAGAGUAUUGUGUGGACAGAUGGUUUGGGCUCAUCACACGCCGAGGCGGACCACAGCUACUCCACCUCUGAUCAUGCCUGGUUAUGACCGGAUCAGACCACCUCAGACCUAGAAACAUUACUAAACGGUAUUAAGAGGAUGAGGAACAUCACAACAGGACUCAAAACUGAAAAUGUUUGAUGGGCUUUGCCAUUCUUGCUACAGAAAAGCCUUAUUUUGAAACCAUCAGUCGCAAACUACUUCUAAGCAUGACUGGAAUAUUUUUUGUGUAGUGUAUUCUUAACAAAUGGCAUGAUGGUGCUUUAGUAUGCUAUAUACAUGUGAUUCAAGUGUAACAAGUUUGUUGAUGCUAUAUUUCCACAUAAUGAUUUAAUUGUUUAUCCAGACUAGCUAUGAUUACAUUGUACCCGCUAGUUGUCAUCUAUCCAGCAAAUGAGAUUAACUAAAGGGUCAGCCUGCAGUACACAUUUGCUUGCACUUAAAUCUUUAAUAUCCAGCUUAUUUAUUUGUCUUGUUUUUGUUUUAAAUAUGUUGCACAAAGCAUACGCAUGAGCACUUGCAAUGCCUGGUUUAAAGGUGUGUCACUCCAUUUGGGAUUGCUAAUGUGUCAAAUUGAAGAUUGUGUUGAUGCAUUUUUAUCAAAUAUUUUAUAUGUUUUUCUAAUGGAAAAGACUGGGGAGGCUAAUUCAAAGGUUAUGCUGCAAUUCAUAUUUGUUUUCUUUUUUUUAUGACUUUGUUACUGUACAGAGGUACAAUAAGGCUUUAAAUGAUUGUUAUUGAACUUACUGUGUCACCACAUUGGUUCACUCUUAAACAAUGCUUUUCCUACAUCUUUAUUUAGUCCUAUGCUUUGGUUUACUUGAGUGAAUCAAAGUUGGUGCUAUUAAAACGCAAGGAGCCUGAAAACAUAAAAUAGUGAAGUACAUUUUUUAUCUAUAUUUUUUUAAUUGCACGGUAGAUUUUUUAACAGUUGUAUUCCCUUUAAGCCGUGUUAGUCCACGCUCAUGUGAAAAAGUCCUGUUUGUUCAGUAUGUUUGUAGUAUUGACAAAAUACUGUAUUUGUAAACUGUUCAAUUCCUGCUCAUAUCAGUCAUUUAUGCAAACUAUUAUGAACAUGCCUUUUGUUUUUAGAUGUUUGUACAGUAAUUGUGUUAAUUUACACUGCAAAAUGUACAUUGUUUGUACUGUUUGAACACCAAAUGCCUUAUUCGUAUGUCAUUGGACCAGGAACACCUUUGUAUUUAUGUCUCUCCUUGUACUCAUAUGUAGCAUUUUAUUAUUUUUUACCUACA